UAUAGAAAUAUAGAAAUGGCAUUUGCACCCUUGGAUUAUAGUGUUGUUGUGCCUACAUGUGCAUAGUGAGGGGUAGUUUGGUCUUUUCGUAGUUCGUAGGUUGGUUAGUCCAAAUUAGAUGGGUUUUGAGAACUGAUGGACUAAACUUUAGUUAAUGUGGAACUAAAUUUUAGUCCACCUGUUUGGAUCAUUUUAAUAGACUAAACUUUAGACCUAAAGUUUGGAUAAUCCAUUAUGAAAGAAAUAGAAUACAUUCUUUAAAGAAUCAAGAUUUGUAAUCAAUCGUUGUCUUGUUUGUUGGAUUAGGUCUAACUUUCUUGACCAAACUGCAUGGAACUUUACAAAAAGAACUCAAAAGAAAAGAAUAAUUGAAGUAACUUCGAAUCAACUUUGGUUGGGCUUAAAAAAUGAAUAAAAAUAAAGUAAAUUCAAGAAAGAGUUCCUUUUUCAGCGUGGAAUGCUUUUCUUCUCCUCUUAUUCCAUAUGGAAUACAAUGAGUUGAAAUUAGAAGGAAUAGGAGAAUAUUUAACCGUUUGCUCCAAAAAGACUGUUGAUGGAUCCAAACGUGACCUUAGCCAUAGAUUAAUUCCAUCCAUAUGAUCAAUUGCAUGCUUCAACAUCUAACGGGCUGGCCCACCGCGGGAGAAAGGGCCGCAGCCCAAAUCAGGCGACAAAAGGCCAUCGAUUCAAAGGGGAGAGCGCGGCCAGCCCGCGACUACUUGAGAACGCUUUCAGUAAGCGCUUGUUGCAAGCCCAUCGUCUCUGACCGCCAUGCUUUGCUGAAGGCUUCCUGCAACAAGCGAUCAGAGAAGAUGGGCGAUGACUGCAUCAACUUCGAGUCUUCAUUCAACUCAAGACGAAGGACAGAAAGUGUUGCUCUCGUGUACUGUCGUUGGAUGGUCUCUUCUCCUGUAAUUCUGGACAUGGGUUUGCCCGUUGUGUUUGCUGCUGAUUGUGAUGCACUAAUGCUCACUAACCCUGCUGUGUUCCUUAAUUAUAAUUCUGUGGGAGAUUCUCAUGCAAACCAUUCCCAUCCGAUAGCCUAAAACAGUCCAGUCGAUCGAUGCCUAACCCAAAGCAGGGCCCUAAUUAUAAGACGAGCGAGCAGAGAACUCCUCAUGUCCACACGCUACGCCGGAGACGCCGCGCGAGCCCCGUGGCCGCUCAUAUCAUAUAAACCUCGCCGCGACGCCUCGUGGCUCGUCCUCUCAGGUACCCUCACCCCCCGAGAGGCUCUCUCCGCCGCGUGGCCGGCGCCACCACCCCCCGCAGCGCGUGAUCAGCAAUGGCCAACAAGAUCGCCGUCGCCAGCGUCAUCGCCGCGGUGGGCAUCGUGGCCGUGAUCGGCACGAUCGCCGCGGUCACCGCCUCCAAGAAAGGGGGCGACAAGGACGGCGGGGGCAUGUCGGCCGGCGUCAAGCUCUCGACGGUGUGCGCCUCCACGCUGUACCCGGAGAAGUGCGAGCAGAGCCUCAAGCCCGUCGUGAACGACACCUCCAACCCGGAGGACGUCCUCCGGGCGGCGCUCAACGUGGCGCUGGACGAGGUCGCCGCCGCGUUCGAGCGGUCCGAGCACAUCGGCAAGGGUGCCAAGGACAACAUCACCAGGAACGCCAUGGACGUGUGCAAGAAGCUCCUCGACGACGCCACCGAGGACCUCAGGGACAUGGCCAGGCUCAAGCCCGUGGAGGUGCUGGACCACGUCAAGGACCUCCGGGUCUGGCUCUCGGGCGUCAUGACCUACGUCUACACCUGCGCCGACGGCUUCGAGAUGCCCGAGCUUAAGGAGGCCAUGGACAAGGUUCUGCAGAACUCCACCGAGCUCAGCAGCAACGCCCUCGCCAUCAUCACCCGCCUCGGCGAGCUCCUGCCGGAAGAAGCAAAAAAGGUGAACGCCACCGCUGCCGCCGCCGCCGGUCACGGCCGCCGGCUUCUCGGCUGGCGGAUGCGCGAGGCCGAGGAGAAGACCAGCGGCCGAGGGGUUCCGGCUGCUGAUGGCAAGCUGAACGAGAUCGCGGACGUGACGGAUGCAAGCCGGCAGCUCCUGGCGGACACGCUGGACGAGAUCUCGGCGCUGUCCGACGACGCGAGCCGCCGCCAGCUCGGCCUCAUGUUCGCCAAGCUAUACAGCAGAGGAGCCAAAGGCGACCUCCUCUGGCGCCGCCGCCAUCUGCUGACCAUGUCGCUCUCCGUCAUGACCGAUGAGGGCGAGGAGCAGCGCAUCCAUAUGAACCAUCACCUGGACGCCAUCGCGAACAUGUCCACGGAGACCAACCGCCAGCUUCUCGCGGAGGAGCUCCCCGACGAUCUCGAUGGCAGGCGGCAGCUGCUCUCCAGGAGGCUCGUGGGGAUCAGCGAGGUCGCCGGCGAGGCCAAGCGGCAGCUCGAGGCGAUGGACCAACCUGCUGAUGACCACCACAGGGUACUGAUGACCACGAACCUCGUCGGCACGUUCGACGAGAUCGAGGACGGGCGCAGCGGGCUGAAGUCCAGCGACCUCCCCAAGUCGGCGCCGGCGAACCAGCGGAGGCGGCUGAUGCAGCUGCCCGGCGGCCGGAAGCAGCCCAGCAGGAACAGGUUACUGACGACGGACGUGAUCGGCACGCCUGACGAGAUCGAGGACGGCGCGCGCAGCCGCAGCGGGUGGAAGGAGCAGUCCGGCGACGACGCCCCCAAGUGGGUGCCGGGCGACCUGCGGAGGCUGCUGCUGCAGAUCCAGAAGCCCAACGCGGUGGUCGCCCAGGACGGGAGCGGCGGCUUCAAGACCAUCACCGCGGCCAUCAACGCGGUGCCCAAGACCUACCAGGGGCGCUACGUCAUCUACGUGAAGGCCGGCACGUACAAGGAGUACGUGACCAUCCCCAAGAACAUGGCCAACAUCUUCAUGUACGGCGACGGGCCGACCAAGACGGUGGUCACCGGCGACAAGAGCAACACCGGCGGCUUCGCCACCAUCGCCACACGCACCUUCUCGGCGGAGGGCAACGGGUUCAUCUGCAAGAACAUGGGGUUCGUGAACACGGCGGGGCCGGACGGUCACCAGGCGGUGGCGCUGCACGUGCAGGGCGACAUGUCGGUGUUCUUCAACUGCCGGUUCGAGGGGUACCAGGACACGCUGUACGUGCACGCCAACCGGCAGUUCUUCCGCAACUGCGAGGUCCUGGGCACCAUCGACUUCAUCUUCGGCAACUCGGCGGCGCUGUUCCAGAACUGCCUCAUGACGGUGCGCAAGCCCGGGAUCAGCCAGUCCAACAUGGUGACGGCGCAGGGGCGCACCGACCCCAACAUGCCCACCGGCAUCGUGCUCCAGAGCUGCCGCAUCGUGCCGGAGCAGGCGCUCUUCCCCGACCGCCUCAAGGUCGCCAGCUACCUCGGGCGGCCAUGGAAGGAGUACGCCAGGACGGUGAUCAUGGAGAGCACCAUCGGCGACCUCAUCAAGCCGGAGGGCUGGUCCGAGUGGAUGGGGGACAUCGGCCUCAAGACGCUCUACUACGCCGAGUACGGCAACACCGGCCCCGGCGCCGGCACCAGCAAGAGGGUCAACUGGCCAGGCUACCGCGGCGUCAUCGGCCAGGCCGAGGCCACGCAGUUCACCGCCGGCGUCUUCAUCGACGCCAUGACCUGGCUCAAGGCCACCGGCACGCCCAACGUCAUGGGCUUCACCAAAUGACUGCACAUGUCCGAUCGAUCGAGGGGAGAAAGCAGAUAAAGACGAUCCAGAUUAUGUAUAUACAAUCGAAUCGAUGAUGCACGUGCAUAUAGUAUAUACAAGCAGCAGCAGGUGAGAGCGAGAGAGAAAGGCAGCAGCAGCUCAAAAAAUUAAAGCAACAAUUAAGCAACAGAUUUAGAAUCACCUUUUUGUAUCUAUUAGAAUGUUGACAGCAGCAAUCAAUCUGCCGGGUUGUUCAUAAAUGUCGUCUAGUUUGUUUUGCAAGACUAACUUUGUAACUAUAUUAUUAUGGAGGGAAAAAAUCAUGAUUUGCCA